AUGGCUCCGCGAACGCCGUCCAUCGCUUCUCGCGCGAGCGCGCGCGCGGACGCGCUCGAGUCGUUGUGCGCUCUGAGCGCGGAACGCGAGCGUCGUCGCCGACGAGAAUUAGACGACGCGCGCGCGACGCGUCCACGAGACGACGACGACGACGCGUCGGACGCGCCGAGCGCGCGCCCGUCGUCGCCGCCGCCGCUGCGCCUCCCCGCGCGAACGCCGCCGCGCGUGCACACGUACACGAUCGACGACGUCCGCGACGCCGCGCUCGAGCACCGCGUCGACGCGGAGCGACGCGCGCUCGCGGCGAUUCGCGCGGCCGAGGCGCUCUCGAAGUCGAAUUUCGUUCCGGAGCGAUCCUGGGUCGCGCGCGUCGGGCCCGUCGUCCGGCGAUGCGUCGCGUCGUGGCGCGCGCGCGCGCGGCGCGCGAACCCGACCGCCGCGGCCGCGAUGGAAGCGUCGAGGCGGGCGUCGACGAUCGCGAGGCCGCUCGGGGAGGACGACGCGUCGGAGAGCCGAUGUGUCAUGGUGUCGCACGAUCUCGCGUCCAUCGCGAGGGCGCUUCGAGACCCGUCGACGAUUCGAUGCGCGCACGUCGGCGAAGACGCGAACGACGACGGCGGUUGGUAUUCCAAGGACGUUACCGGGCGUUACGAAUUCCCCGCGGUGGUUCGCAUCGCGCGGCUCUCCACCCCCGGCGCGCCGAUGCUCGCGAAGCACGUGACGUGCGCGCGGUGCCGCGACGUCGCGCGCGAUCGGCGGUCCGCGACGAAGACGCGAUGCGUCGCGUGUCGGACGCUCGUCCCGUCCGCGGUGCUCGUCGAGAACGCGAACCGUCGCAACCGCGAGAUGCGAACCGACGCGACGACAGGGCCGACGUGCCUGUUUUGCGAAACGCUGCGGCGGCGCGGCCGGCGUCGGGGCGACGACGGCGACGGCGGCGAGAGGACGAAACGUAUAAACACAAUCGCGGCGCACCCUCGCGCCGCGGGGACGUUUCGAGCCGCGCAUCCGUUCGCGCGCGCCGACGACGCGCCGCCCGUGGAAGUGCUCCGCGCGCUGCAGCGCGCCUCUGCCGGCGCGGAGUCCACCGCGAGUGUUUGGGACCCGAUCUCGCGCCAAUGCCGCAGCGUCGAGACGGAGCGGCGGUGGAUCCUUCCCGAGGAUGGCGGCGACGUCGCGAAGGCGGUGGAGCGCGCGCGCGGCGGAUUCGGCGGCGGCGCGCGCGGCGAAGAAGCGUUCGCGCGAGAAUUUUUGCGUCUUCCGGGAGAGCCGCCGAGCGCGCGGCGACGAGCGGCGCGCGCGUCGUAG